ACCCGAGGUCAAGGUAUCCAAUUUUCGUUUUUGCAGCAAUCUGUGCAUGAAGAAGAAUAGUGAGCACCACAAAGUUCCUAGUCACUCCUGACGGUUUUUGUCCAGAGCUAUCAGUAUCAUGGACAGGAAUCCGCGAUAUGUGAGGUUGCCGACAGAGGAGGAGGAGGCUGGCGAGGGAACUCUGCUAGUUGCUCAGGAUGAGCAUCAGCAGCAGCAGUGUGACCCUCCUCCCGUCGUCCUGACGUUCUUCGUUCCGCCGAGCAAUAUUCACUCUACAAGGCUCACGCAGGGACAGCAGGAGGAGACGAUUCCCGCCGUUGGCGAUGAUGUGCAGCCUCCGCCAGAAGCGAUGGCGCCACCAGAGUACGACGUCGCAACGACACUGCCAUCUUACGAGGAUGUCCAGAAGGAGAAGGAGAUGGAGGCCUUGCAUGGCCCACAGAUGGAUGGAUGUCAGGAUGCAGAUUUGCAGCUUGGUUCAGAUGCACUCCUUGGAACAGACCUGAUGUUCUUCUUUACCUUUAUGUUGGCAUUCCUCUUCAACUGGAUCGGCUUGCUGUUCUCGCUGUGCAUUUCACAGACAAUCGCUGGUCGCUAUGGCGCCCUCGCUGGCUUCGGUCUCUCGCUUAUCAAGUGGACCCUUAUUGUGAAGCACUCAACGGAUCUUGUCAGUGGCAACUACUGGGUCUGGUGGCUGAUGAUGGUCUGUGGCUUCAUCAUCUUCUUCCGUGGUUGCACCCAGUAUCUGCGGGUGAAGCAGCAGUGGGCCAGGCUGACAGCGAACGCUCGUGAACAGUACAUCUUCUUCUACUGAGAACUGCUGAAUGGCAGACAUUCUAAGCACCCGAAGGGUUAUGGUUUUUCGGGGCGAGGGUUUUUCCGUGGUGAACAGUGGUGUCGGUGCAUGGGAAUUGGUUACUAGUAAAGGCUCUCUGUAGAUGGUGUAAUUUAACUGGGUUAUUCAGUCGUGUUGCUACUACAUCGGUCACUAUCUCUCACCCUCUCCCUCUCCUCUCUCCUUUCUCCCUUGCCCUCUUCCUCUCCUCUCUUCCUCUCCCUCUCUCUCUUCCUCUUCUCUCUCUUUCCUUUUCUCUCUGUCUCUCUCCCACUCCUUCCUGUUUACUCUGUCUUUCUCUCUCCCUUCUCUCUCUCUCUUUCUCUCUCUCUCUCUGUUUCCUAGUUGUAAAUUUUCAACAAAAAAGUGCCAUUCUUAUGUCUAAUGUGGCAAUGUUUGAAGACCUUUACCUAAAUGGGAUUUGGAAGGAGUGUGUUGUUUUGCCGUGUAAGGUUAGCAGUAUGCAUACGUUGGUCGUGAAGCUUCUUUUUAGAGGGAAGUGUGUAGCAGCGAUAUAUUUUAAUAGUUUCGGACUGAUUUACACAAACGCUUCAGUAUUAGGCAGUCGUGUGGCCAUGGGUAUGUGUGCUUGAGUGUUGUUCGUUUUUGUAUAAUCGAGUGCAUCAAACCUUGGAGCAAAAUUACUGGCAGUAAGUGGAGUUUUAUGUAUUUGAUGGAAUGGAAUUGUGCUGUAUAAACUUUCGAGUAUGAUCUAUUCGUUAAUGUUAUUACACUUCCGCCAAAUUUUUGUAAUCAUGCGUGCGUGGAGAUUCUUCUAUGAUGAUGUAGCUAAUCUUUGUUGAACGCUUUGUAAACUGUUGCGACCUAUACGCAGUCUAGCUUUCGAAAUCUUAUCCUUCUCGUCUCUCCAUCUAUAGGUUCCUGAUUCCUUGUCUUAGUCGGGCUGUCUUUCGUAUGUUAUCUGGCUGGAAUGAAAGCGCCGUUUGUGUGUAGUUGAUGAGCGGUGUCGAAUUGUUGGUGAUGGCAUCGGCCUUCGCUAGGUGUCACUACAUGGCUUUUCGUCCUCGUUCAUCAAAAAUGUUGCGGGAGGUGAGUGGCACGUGUCAGCUCAAAUUUGAAUGGACGUUUCUGUCGAUGUGUUAAUUGUCUUUCAGGAGAUCAUGAUUACUAUUGUGUGCUCGUCAUACGUAGAUAUAGUCUUUCUCUCUCUCUCUCCACGCCUCUGUCCGUAUAUAAUAGAUACUAUUCAUUGUUUUGUGGUCGUGGGAAUCGCAUUCUCAGCGGCGUUGGAGAAGUCUUUCGUGUAUAUUUAUAGUCUACUGCAGUAAUUUCCCUCGGUUUGCAUAUCAGUGUUAGACGCGUCACCUCCGAUUGGAAGGCAGGGUGGUGGCGAUUGCAUUUUUAAUUGACGUAGGAAUUUUCCUCUAGGAAUAGGACGCGAUGUUAUCACAUAAUCAGGUGUCGGGUGCGAAUUAAAUUAUAGCCAUAUCACAGGGAUGAAUUUUCUUUCAGGUGUGUAGCUGAUAUAUUUUUAUUGGCGUUAUAGAAUUAUACAAAUGUUUCAUGUGAAAAAUGACGUAUAUUAUUCAAUGUUUUUAGCGACGACUUCAAAUGAAAUUGUUUAAAUAAUAAAUAUCGUCGAUUUGUUCAGAAACGA